AAGCUUCUCGCGUAGUAGACUCAGCUCAGUCAGCUAAUCUCCUCACUGCGCUAGGCUUAUUCGUACUUUGUUACAGGUUCUACUACGAGAGAAAUAGGCUUUCUGUCAUGUUUUGUUGGGGCGAAGCUCACGAUGGAGCACUGGGCUUGGACGUGAAGGAAAAAUGUGUAAUGGAGGCUAGACCAAACACAGCCUUUGGUGACAAAAAGAUCAAGUGCAUUGCGUCCAGUGUUUCACACACACUCAUAUUGUUGGAGUCAGGCUGCCUUUAUUCCUGUGGGAGUAACCAGUAUGGACAGUUAGGGAUUGAGCAAAAAACGUCAUGCAUAAUGAUACCAGCUCACAUUGAUACUUUUGAUGAUACUAUCAUAAUCAGCAUUAGCUGUGGAGUGAAGCACAGUUUAGCACUCUCUUCAGAUGGGUCCUUGUAUACAUGGGGAGACAACAGCGAGGGACAGCUUGGACUGAAAACACUGCAACCAAUAUGCAAACCAAAUAUAUUAAGUUUGCCAUUUGGUCGUCCUGUCGUCCAAGCUGCUUGCGGUGACCACCAUACCUUAGCACUAACACAAGAUGGUCGUGUUUUUUCUUGGGGUAAGAAUACAACCUCUCAGUUGGGACAUUCCGAGGGUCUGUCCCGCGUCCUUGCUCCUACUCAGAUAACCCACCUCAUAUCAACACCAGUUGUUAAGCUAAUCUGUGGAUCUAAUCACAGUGCAGCUCUCACUGUGUCCGGUGGGGUCUUUCUAUGGGGAGACAACAGGCGGGCUCAGUGUGGGUUUGGUCGUGUGACAACUAAGAUAAGUUAUCCAACAUUGAAUGAGUUUAUGGAACGAUACACAGUCUCUCACGUGGCCUGUGGCACUGACCAUACUGUAUUCCAGGUCCAG